AUGAUUGCUUUUAUUCGUAAGAGGUUGGUUACAGCUCAGCGUCGUCAGAAGAGCUACACUGACAAUAGGAGGAGGCCAUUAUCUUUUGAGAUUGGGGAUCAUAGGGAGAAGUUGUCUCCGCGCUUUAUUGGGCCUCUUGAGAUUUUGGAGCGCAUUGGGGAAGUGGCAUAUCGGUUAGCUGUGCCGCCACCACCAUCUGGAGUUCACGAUGUUUUUCAUAUUUCUAUGCUUCGGAAAUACGAGCCCGAUCCAUCAUAUGUGUUGGAUUGGACUGAGUUAGAGGUGGAAGAAGAUGUCUCUUAUGAGGAGAGACUAGUGAAGAUCUUAGACACUCGGGAUCAGGUCUUGCGUGGCAAGACAAUUCCCUUGGCGAAAGUGUUGUAG